AUGUAUCGGACACGUGAAAUGCCAUCUUGUCGUCGUGGCUUAUCCGACCGGCCAAACGGCGCUCCACCCACCCUCUCCUCACGCCCUAGACCGCCCACUUUCUCCCUCCGCAAGUCCGCCGGACUCCUGAUCCGACCCUCUAGCUUGAGUGGGCAGGACAGACUGCAAACAUUCACACAAGCGCACACACGCACACGCAUACACGGCCUCUCGGAUCCGGAGUUGGGCGGCCGACUGGUCAGGCAGUGGAGGCCUGGACUUGCCUUUGCCUCGGUUCUGAGAGCUGGUCGUCAGGACAGUGUCGGCAUGCAGAUCCAAUCAGUAGGCACCUCAUCCGGUCUCUGA